GAGGGAGGGUUGAGUUUACCUGGAUAUCAAGAGGAUUACUCAGUGAAACAAAUAAGCUUCAGGAAUUUCAUGAGAAGAAUAAAGUGAAGGCAGUGACAAAGACUAAGAGUGUAUCUCCAGGAAUGGAUGUGGGGAUGUUGGAGAUCCCUGCUGAGCUGUCAGCCAGGCUCCGCAGUGCAGCAGGGCAGCAGCAUGGCUCGGGGGUCACAGAGGUGGCCCCCCCUCAGGUGAAGGCCCAACACAAGCUCAGCCUGCCUCUGGAUGUAGACAGAUACCCAUUCUCUCGCUAUGCCAAGUCCAUCUUAAAGGAUACAUGGUGCCAGCCUCAGGGACGCCCCCUCCAGAGAUCCCUCACCCCCCUGGAGCCUGAAGAUAACAGAACUGCCCUGGACAUCUACAAACUGAUCCUGCGGUUUACGGGUGAGUCGGAGCUGAGUGGCUGGCAGGAGCAGCUGCUGGGUAACUACAUCGUGGAGAGGGGUCAGAGCCGGCCCCCCCUGAGGGACGAGAUCCUGGCCCAGCUGGCCUACCACACCUGGGGCCUGCAGGAGGAUCUGAGCAGCCUGAGGGGCUGGCUGCUGCUGACCUGCUGUCUCAGCGCCUUCACCCCCUCCCCCACGCUGGACAAGCCCCUGCUCAAGUAUGUUUCUGACCACGGUCCGGGGGAGUACCGCUCUCUGUGCCAACACAAGCUGCUGACCUCUCUGCAGCUCCCGGCCCCUGCUGCCCGCGUCUACCCCCCCACCCAGCUGGAGUGGACUGCCAACCAGAGGAAAGGCACCAUGCUGCUGGAUGUACACACCUACAACGAUGAGAAGCUGACCACUGAAGUGGAGUCAUGGACCACAGGAGAGGAGCUGGCUGCAUGGCUCCUGCGUUAUAG